CCGCUCCCUUUCCCCGUGGUCCCUCCCAGGACGUGACGCCACCGUGGGAGUUCGUCAGUUCCGCAAACAGGGAUGGCGGGGCGCUGAGCCGGGUUUCCAUUCUGAUCAGGGGACCAGUCAAAAUGGCUGAAGUAACCAAGACAGAAGAACAGCAAGUAGAGAAGAAUUUGAAUGAAGAAGUGGAGAAAACGCCUCAUGCUUUAGAGUCAGCUUCAGGUGUUGGGUGUGAAGGCAAUAGUUCUGCUUCAGGUGCAGAGCAGUCCACUGAGAAUGACAAAGAAGUUGAUAGUGGUGAUCAGGAUGGCAGAGCAAAGAGGAAGAAUUUAGAUUCUGAAGAUGAACCUUCUAAGAAGGUACCUGUGAUUGGCCAUGGGCAGGCUGUAGCUGCACAUUAUAAUGAACUCCAAGAAGUUGGUUUGGAAAAACGUAGCCAGUCUCGCAUAUUCUACCUCCGAAACUUUAAUAAUUGGACGAAGAGUGUCCUCAUUGGUGAAUUUAUAGACCGGGUACGACAGAAGAAGAGUGACAUAACUGUUUUGGAUCUAGGAUGUGGGAAAGGUGGAGACUUACUGAAAUGGAAAAAAGGCAGAAUUAAAAAACUCGUCUGUACUGACAUUGCUGACAUUUCUGUGCAACAGUGCAAGCACCGCUAUGAAGAAAUGAAAUCCCGAUGUCGGUAUAAUGAACAUAUUUUUGAUGCAGAAUUCAUACAAGCAGAUAGUACCAAGGAUCUCUUAUCUUCCAAGUACAAUGAUCCAGAUAUGCGCUUUGACAUUUGCAGUUGUCAAUUUGUUUACCACUAUUCAUUUGAGACAUAUGAGCAGGCUGACAUGAUGCUUAAAAAUGCUUGUGGGAACCUCUCUCCUGGAGGUUAUUUCAUUGGCACAACUCCAAACAGCUUUGAACUUGUAAAGAGACUCGAAGCUUCAGAAACAAAUUCAUUUGGGAAUGAUGUGUACAAUGUAAAAUUUGAAAAGAAGGGAGACUAUCCCUUAUUUGGCUGCAAAUAUGAUUUUCACUUGGAAGAAGUGGUUGAUGUCCCUGAGUUUUUGGUUUACUUUCCCUUAUUGGAAGAAAUGGCAAAGAAGCAUGGUAUGAAAUUAGUCUACAAAAUGACAUUUCGGGAAUUCUAUGAAGAAAAAAUCAAGAACGAGGAGCAUAAAAUGCUGUUAAGGAGAAUGCAGGCCUUGGAGCCAUAUUCUACACAUGGUGAUUCCAGGCUUGUUUCUGAUAAACCUGAUGAUUAUGAGCAUGCAAAAGAGUUUAUCAAAGAUGGCAAGGCAAAGUUACCAUUGGGAACCUUGAGUAAAUCUGAAUGGGAAGCAACAAGUAUUUACUUGGUAUUUGCAUUUGAGAAGCAGCCAUGAAACUUCACAUACUGGAUGCAGCAAGAAGGGAUCAUACCCAUGUGCAAGUUGGAAUGAUCAGAAAUCCAUCGUGGCAACUAUUUUUUUAUUUUUUAUUUUUUAAUUAUCAGACGUGUGCAGGACACUACCAAAAACUAGAGCAAGCUCGUGAUUCAGAGUUACAUUGCCUGUCUGUGACAGAUGGACUUGUGUGUGUAUAUAUAAGAAAGAUUCUGAACCAGUCUUUUUAAGCAUUUGUAAGCAAUCUGCAUGCUCUCAAAACCUGUGUUUGAAUUCACAUAACUUUGUUAGGAACAAAUGUUUUGUUUGUAGAAGUAUGUUUGUGAUAUGAGCCUGACCCUGCACUUUCUGAAGUUGAUGGAAGAACAUUGACUUUGAUAAUGCAGAAUGAGGGCCUAAAUACUGUUCUGCAGAGCUCAGUUAAUUCAUAAUGAGAUCUAUUCAGCAUAGAGGGUAUGCCUACAUAGCAUGCAAAGCAAAAAAUACCCCAGUCAGUUUGAGAACCUCUGUGCUGUGCUCAAGCCUGCAUUGUAAAUCUACCUUAGUGGUAUUCAUGGUGUAUUUUACAUGGUAAAAAACCAUGAUGUUCUUGUUUUUCCUGCUUGCUGAUACGUAGUGUCACUUCAUGGUGCUUUUAAGAUUAAAUGAGUUUGUUCUAUACAAAA